GCAAUUCGAAACGCCGUCGUUUCAGUAACUCAAAGCCCCAGUGCUUUCGCUCCCCUGAAUCACAGCAGUCUUACUUCGUCCCAAAACCCUAAAAGCCCUAAACAAAACCACCACAAAAGCCCCAGUUCCCACGUUAAAAAAUUCAACAAUGGCAGGUGGCCGAUUCAAAGAGCUAUUUAAAAAGUACGGAAAAGUAGCUCUCGGAGUCCACUUCUCUGUCUCCGGCGCCUCCAUAACAGGCCUCUACAUUGCCAUCAAGAACAACGUCGACGUCGAAUCAAUCUUCGCCACUUGGCACCUCCCCGGACUCUCAAAAAACCCGGAGGAGACUCAAUCACCUCAACCCUCUGAUGGGUUGAUUACUAUUCAUGACAAUACGGAUUUUAUUGAGGGUAAUAGUAGUGUUAGUAAUAAAUCAACGGUUGUGAUCGAAGAGGAGAAGAAGCAGAGGAAUCGGACGGCUGAGCUUGCGGCGUCAUCUGGUGGGGCCCUGGCUUUGGCUUUGUUAUGUAACAAAGCGCUUUUUCCGAUUAGGGUUCCGAUAACGAUCGCACUUACGCCUCCUGUGGCUAGGUUCUUGGCUAGAAGGAAGGUCAUCAAGAGCAGUGUAUGAAAGGUUUAAUUUUAAUUUUUAUAUAUGCGGGACUUUGUUGUAAUGAUUUUGCUUUGGUUGGUUUUGAAGAAGGAUAGAGAAGGAUUAGGCUUUGAAAAAUUUGAAAGUUGAAAGAUUUAAAUGGGAAAUAAAUUUACCAUUUUGGUACUGCAAUAGUGUUUAUGGAAAUUUUAUACACAUGAAUGUGAUGGUUAUUGCGGGGUAAAUUUUGUUAUGUUUUGGUGUGUAUUUAAUUGAGAAGGAUAUAGGAAUUCGAUCAAUUUGUGUGUUGUUUUUCUUUAUGUUGAUUUUGAAGAAGGAUAGAGGAGGGAUAGUUAUUGAGAUACUUGAAAGUUA